AUGACGAGAACUGGGGAACGAAAAGUGGUUGACACAAUUCCAGCUGGAGGACGAGAAGUAGUUGACACAAUUCCAGCUGGAGGACGAAAAGUAGUUGACACAAUUCCAGCUGGAGGACGAGAAGUAGUUGACACAAUUCCAGCUGGAGGACGAAAAGUAGUUGACACUAUUACAGCUGGAGGACGAGAAGUAGUUGAAACGAUUCCACCUGGAGGACGAAAAGAAGUUGACACAAUUCUAGCUGGAGUACGAAAAGUAGUUGAUAAAAUUCCAGCUGGAGGACGAAAAGUAGUUGACACUAUUCCAGCUGGGGAACGAAAAAUAGCUGACACAAUUCCAGCUGGAGGACGAAAAGUAGUUGACACAAUUCCAGCUGGAGGACGAGAAGUAGUUGACACAAUUCCAAGCUGGAGGACGAGGAAGAAGUUGACACCAAUUCCAGCUCGUGGAGGACGCAGAACUGGAGGACGAAAAGUAGUUGACACUAUUCAAGCUGGGGGACGAAAAAUAGUUGACACAAUUCCAGCUGGGGGACGAAAAGUAGUUGACACAAUUCCACCUGGAGGACGAAAAGUAGUUGACACAAUUCCACCUGGAGGACGAAAAGUAGUUGACACAAUUCCAGCUGGAGGACGAAAAGUAGUUGACACAAUUCCACCUGGAGGACGAAAAGUAGUUGACACGAUUCCAACCGUGGGACGAAAAGUAGCUGACACAAUUCCAGAUGGGGGACGAAAAGCAGUUGUAUACAAUCCAGCUGGAGCUGGAGGACGAGAAGUAGUUGACACAAUUCCAGCUGGAGGACGAAAAGUAGUUGACACAAUUCCAGCUGGGGGACGAGAAGUAGUUGACACAAUUCCAGCUGGGGGACGAAAAGUAGUUGAAACAAUUCCAGAUGGGGAACGAAAAGUAGUUGACACAAUUCCAGCUGGGGACGAAAACUGGAGGACGAAAACAAUUCCAGCUGGGGGACGAAAAGCAGUUGACACAAUUCCAGCUGGGGGACGAGAAGUAGUUGACACAAUUCCAGCUGGGGGACGAAAAGUAGUUGACUCAUUUCCAGCUGGAGGGCGAAAAGCAGUUGACACAAUUCCAGCUGGGGGACGAAAAGUAGUAGACACAAUUCCAGCUGGAGGACGAAAAGCAGUUGACACAAUUCCAGCUGGGGGACGAAAAGUAGUUGACACAUUUCCAGCUGGAGGACGAGAAGUAGUUGACAAAAUUCCAGCUGGAGGACGAAAAGUAAUUGACACAAUUCCAGCUGGAGGACGAAAAGUAGUUGACACAAUUCCAGCUGGAGGACGAAAAGUAGUUGACACUAUUCCAGCUGGAGAACGAGAAGUAGUUGAUAUAAUUCCAGCUGGAGGACGAAAAGUAGUUGACACUAUUCCAGCUGGAGGACGAGAAGUAGUUGACACAAUUCCAGCUGGAGGCCAAAAAUUAGUUGACACUAUUACAAGUGGAGGACAAGAAGUAAUUGACACAAUUCCAGCUGGAGGACGAAAAGUAGUUGACACAAUUCCAGCUGGAGUACGAAAAGUAGUUGAUACAAAUCCAGCUGGGGGACGAAAAGUAGUUGACACUAUUCAAGCUGGGGGACGAAAAAUAGUUGACACAAUUCCAGCUGGGGGACGAAAAGUAGUUGACACAAUUCCACCUGGAGGACGAAAAUUGACACGAAUUCUACCAGGAGGACGAAAAGUAGUUGACACAAUUCAUCCUGGAGGAGGAAAAGAAAUUGACACAAUUCCAGCUGGAGGACGAAAAGUAGUUGACACAAUUCCAGCUGGGGGACGAGAAGUAGUUGACACAAUUCCAGCUGGGGGACGAAAAGUAGUUGACACAAUUCCAGCUGGAGAACAAAAAGUAGUUGACACAAUUCCAGCUGGGGGACGAGAAGUAGUUGACACAAUUCCAGCUGGAGGACGAGAAGUAGUUGACACAAUUCCAGCUGGAAGACAAAAAGUAGAUUACACAAUUCCAGCUGGAGGACGAAAAGUAGCUGACACUAUUCCAGAUGGAGGACGAGAAGUAGUUGACACUAUUCCAGCUGGGGGACAAAAGUAG